AUGGCCGCCCCUCAGGACCUGGACAUCGCUGUGUGGCUGGCCACCGUGCACCUGGAGCAGUAUGCAGACACCUUUCGGCAGCAUGGCUUGGCUACGGCGGGUGCAGCCCGGGGCCUGGGCCACGAGCAGCUGAGGCAGUUGGGCAUCAGCGCCACAGGGCACCGGAAACGCAUUCUGCGCCUGCUGCAGGGCAGUGCUGCAGAGGGCUUCCUGGAUCUCCAAUCGGAUAGUGCCAUGGAGCCGUCUCCCAGCCCAGACUCUGAAUCCCAGUCCUUCAAACCUGUGCCCAAGCCCAGGACGGUGUUUGGUGGGCUCAGUGGCCCUGCCACCACCCAGAGGCCUGGGUUGAGCCCAGCCCUCUGGAGAUCAGAUGUAUCCAGGAGCCCGGAAACCAGCCCAAGGCUCCUCACCUCCCCCUCUGAACAGCCAUCAGCCGUGAAUACCAUGGAGAUGAUGCCCAAUGCCCUCUACUUCGGCCUGGACUUAAGAGGCGGGGCACAGGCAGCUCAGGAAAAGGCCUCAGACACUUCCCAGACAGCUGCCCCCACCCCUGCCCUCAGACCCACAACGGGCACAGUGCACAUCAUGGACCCUGGUUGCCUGUACUAUGGUGUCCAGCCUGUGGGGGUCUCAGGGGCCCCCGACAGAAGAGAGAGCAGAGGUAUCUGUCAGGACAGGGCUGAUCACAGGCAAGAUCUGGAGGCACGGGAGGAUGCAGGCUAUGCCAGCCUUGAACUGCCUGGGGACUCCACUCUCUCACUGCCCACUCCAGACACAGAAACCAGUGAUGACCUCAUCUCACCCUAUGCCAGCUUCUCCUCCACAGCUGACCGUCCCACACCGCUGCUCAGUGGCUGGCUAGACAAGCUCUCCCCUCAAGGAAACUAUGUGUUUCAGCGGCGUUUUGUGCAAUUCAAUGGGAGGAGUCUUAUGUACUUUGGCAGUGACAAGGAUCCCUUCCCCAAGGGCGUGAUCCUUCUGACUGCCAUUGAGAUGACCCGCAGCAGCAAGGACAACAAGUUUCAGGUCAUCACCAGCCAGAGGGUGUUUGUGUUUCGCACGGAAAGCGAGGCUCAGCGGGACAUGUGGUGCUCCACACUGCAGUCCUGCCUGAAGGAGCAGCGCCUCCUGGGCCAUCCCCGGGCCCCGCAGCCACCCCGACCCCUCCGCACAGGCUUGUUAGAGCUGCGUGGACACAAGGCCAAGGUGUUUGCUGCCUUGAGCCCUGGAGAGCUGGCACUGUACAAGAGUGAGCAGGCCUUCUCCCUGGGCAUCGGAAUAUGUUUCAUUGAACUGCAAGGCUGCAGCGUCCGGGAGACCAAGAGUCGCAGCUUUGACCUACUCACGCCCCAUCGCUGCUUCAGCUUCACAGCCGAGUCUGGGGGGGCUCGGCAGAGCUGGGCGGCCGCUCUGCAGGAAGCAGUAACUGAGACCCUGUCUGACUACGAGGUGGCUGAGAAAAUCUGGUCCAAUCGGGCAAACCGGCACUGUGCAGACUGUGGGGUCUCCCGGCCCGACUGGGCCGCUGUCAACCUGGGAGUGGUCAUCUGCAAGCAGUGUGCAGGUCAGCACCGGGCCCUGGGUUCUGGCAUCUCCAAGGUACAGAGCCUGAAACUGGACACAAGUGUUUGGACUAAUGAGAUAGUGCAGUUGUUCAUUGUUUUGGGAAAUGAUCGUGCCAAUCGAUUCUGGGCAGGGGCAUUACCUCCAGGAGAGGGACUGCAUCCAGAUACAGCCCCUGGUCCUCGGGGAGAGUUCAUCUCCCGGAAGUACAGGCUGGGUCUCUUCCGGAAGCCCCACCCUCAGUACCCAGAUCAUAGCCAGCUUCUCCAGGCACUGUGUGCAGCUGUAGCUGGUCCCAACCUGCUGAAGAACAUGACCCAGAUCCUGUGUGUUGAGGCCUCUGAGGGUGAGGAGCCCUGCUCCCCCUCAGCCUUCGAUGGGACUUCCCCUGGUCUCCUGGCCCCAGACCCCUGCCCUGGCGUGUACAAUGAGGUGGUAGUACCUGCCACUUACAGCAGUUUUCUGUACUGUGGUCCCAUCAGCAACAAAGCUGGACCCCCACCCUCUCGAAGGGGCCGGGAUGCUCCCUCCCGACUGUGGUGUGUGCUGGGAGCAGCUCUGGAGAUGUUUGUGUCAGAAAGCAGCUCUGAACCCAUCAACCUCAUCCAACCCCAGGAUGUUGUAUGUCUGGGGGUGAGCCCUCCACCUACUGACCCCAGUGACCUUGACAGGUUCCCCUUUUCCUUUGAGCUCAUUCUCACUGGGGGGAGGAUCCAGCAUUUUGGCACAGAUGGAGCUGACAGUCUGGAAGCCUGGACCAGCGCUGUGGGCAAGUGGUUCUCACCGCUGAGCUGUCACCAGCUGUUGGGCCCUGGGCUGCUGCGCCUGGGCCGCCUGUGGCUGCGGUCCCCCUCCCACACAGCCCUGGCCUCCGGCCUCUGGCUAUCAGGGUUCGGCCUUCUUCGUGGUGACCAUCUCUUCCUGUGUCCAGCGCCGGGCCCUGGCACCCCAGCCCCUGAGGACAUGGUGCAUCUGCGGCGGCUACAGGAGAUCAGUGUUGUCCCUGCAGCUGACACCCCUGACAAGAAGGAGCAUUUGGUUCUAGUAGAGACAGGAAGGACCCUGUAUCUGCAGGGGGAGGGCCGGCUGGACUUCUCAGCAUGGAACACAGCCAUUGGGGGUGCUGCCGGAGGGGGUGGCACAGGGCUACAGGAGCAGCAGAUGAGCAGAGGUGACAUCCCCAUCAUUGUGGACGCCUGCAUCAGUUUUGUCACUCAACAUGGGCUCCGGCUGGAAGGCGUGUAUCGGAAAGGGGGUGCCCGUGCCCGCAGUCUGAGACUCCUGGAAGAGUUCCGGCGGGAUGCCAGAUCAGUGAAGCUCAGACCAGGGGAGCACUUUGUGGAGGAUGUCACCGACACACUCAAACGCUUCUUCCGAGAACUGGAUGACCCUGUGACCUCUGCACGGUUGCUGCCUCGCUGGAGGGAGGCUGCUGAGCAGCUCCUGAAGAAUCAGCGCCUGGAGAAAUACAAAGAAGUAAUUGGCUGCCUUCCUCGGGUCAACCGCCGCACACUGGCCACCCUCAUUGGGCAUCUCUACCGGGUGCAGAAGUGUGCAGCUCUAAACCAUAUGUGCACGAGGAACUUGGCCCUGUUGUUCGCACCCAGUGUGUUCCAGACAGAUGGGCGGGGGGAGCACGAGGUGCGGGUGCUGCAGGAUCUCAUCGACAACUACAUCUCUGUCUUUGACAUCGACUCUGACCAGGUAGCGCAGAUUGACUUGGAGGUCAGUCUUAUCACCACCUGGAAGGAUGUGCAGCUGUCCCAGGCUGGAGACAUUAUCAUGGAGGUUUAUAUAGAGCAGCAACUGCCAGACAACUGUGUCACCCUGAAGGUGUCCCCAACACUGACUGCUGAAGAGCUGACUAACCAGGUAUUGGAUAUGAGGGGCACAGCAGCUGGAACAGACUUGUGGGUGACUUUUGAGAUCAGAGAGCAUGGGGAGCUUGAGCGACCACUGCACCCCAAGGAAAGGGUCCUAGAGCAGGCUUUACAAUGGUGCCACCUUCCAGAGCCUGGCUCAGCUUCCUUGCUCUUGAGAAAAGUCUCCCUAUCUCAGGCCAGCUGCCUCUUCACAGGUAUCCCUCGUGAGAGCCCAAGGGUAGGGCUGUUACGGUGUCGGGAGGAGCUGCCCCGUUUGCUAGGAAACCGUUUCCAAGAAAGGUUCUUUCUGCUGCGUGGACGCUGUCUGCUGCUACUUAAGGAGAAGAAGAGCUCUAAACCAGAACGGGAAUGGCCUUUGGAAGGUGCCAAAGUCUACCUGGGAAUCCGCAAGAAGUUAAAGCCUCCAACACCGUGGGGCUUCACGUUAAUACUGGAGAAGAUGCAUCUCUACCUGUCCUGCACUGAUGAAGAUGAGAUGUGGGACUGGGCCACCAGCAUCCUUAAAGCCCAGCAUGAUGACCAACAGCCAGUGGUCCUACGACGCCGGUCCUCCUCUGACCUUGCCCGUCAAAAGUUUGGCACCAUGCCUUUGCUGCCCAUUCGUGGAGAUGACAGUGGCGCCACUCUCCUCUCUGCAAAUCAGACGCUGCGGCGACUUCACAACCGGAGGACACUGUCCAUGUUCUUUCCAAUGAAGUCAUCCCAGGGGUCUGUGGAGGAACAAGAGGAAUUGGAGGAGCCUGUGUAUGAAGAGCCAGUAUAUGAGGAAGUGGGGGCCUUCCCUGAGCUGACUGAGGACACCCCUACCUCCUCUGCCACCAUGCGAGAGGAAACAGCCAAACCAAAGAUCCCUUUUGCCAGCCAGAUGUCCUUGGAUCAAUCUUUUCUCUCCAAGGCAAGAACCCUGGGCCAGGAGGAAAGGCCCCCUGAGCCCCCACCUGGCCCCCCUUCAAAGAGUAGUCCCCAGGCACAUGGGACCUUGGAGGACCAGCUGCUCCAAGAGCUCAACAGCCUCAUCCUGAGAAAGGGGGAAACAACCACAGGCCUGGGCAUCUCUUCCCAGCCUUCCAGCCCCCAGGCCCCAAGCCCCAAGAACCUUCCAACGCAGAUAUCUGGCUUCCCCACCCAACCACCCUGCACUUCCGGUUCACCCUCCAGUCAGCCCCUCACAUGACUCUGGGACUGGCAGUCUGAGUGGGUUGGUAAUCCAAAGAUCCAAGCUGUCACCAUGGCCGACACUACUGGGGACUUUCUUGGCUCUGGCUGAAAUGAUCUCAGAAUCCAAGUGGUGCUAAAAGAGCACAAGACUGAGGACUUCAGAUACUAUGUCCUACUCAGAGAGGGCAGGUCAUGGUACUCUCUGGGCCUCAGCUUGUACUCAGAGGUAACCAAGAUAAGGAGAGCAGUGAAUGUCAAACUGUUUCUCUCACCUUUUAGGCCUACAUAUUUUCCUUCAACAAGACAACCUCUGCUUUACAUAUAUGGUAUGUAGGGGUUCUGUGAGAGGUUUGGGUUUUUAAAAAUUUGUUUUAUGCAUCAAACAAAGAAAAAGAUAUGAAAAAAAGAAAUAUGAAUGAUCUCCAAGUCUGCUGUACCCCACAUCCUACAUUCAGCAACUGCAUUGAAGCCCUAGAGUGGGGAGGUUGUUUUUUUUUGGAGG